AGGUGUAUCCCGUCGGUUGGGAAGGUAUAAAUAUGUCGUGGUUUUCGGCGCUGAAGCUACAGAAAUUAUACGACCUUAUCUAAAAAAAAAAAAAAAAGUGCACCGAAAGCACCUCAUAUUUAUAUCCCAACCAAUUUCUUCUGUAUCUCCCGUACAGAAGCUGGUUGUUCUUCCUCGAAGUAUAGUUGUUUUUAGAUAA